CCCGCCCCGGCUCGGGCCGCCGGAGGAGCGGGCGCUGAGGCUCCCGAGCUCGCGGCGGCGGCGGCGGGGAUGAUGUGGUUCUUUGCCCGGGACCCGGUCCGGGACUUUCCAUUCGAGCUCAUCCCGGAGCCCCCCGAGAACGGCCCGCCCGGACCCUGGGUCCUGCACCGCGGCCGCAAGAAGGCCACAGGCAGCCCGGUGUCUAUCUUUGUGUAUGAUGUGAAGCCAGGCGCCGAAGAGCAGACCCAGGUGGCCAAAGCUGCCUUCAAGCGCCUCAAAACUCUUCGGCACCCCAACAUUCUGGCCUACAUCGAUGGGCUGGAGACAGACAAAUGCCUCCACGUAGUGACAGAGGCUGUCACCCCACUGGGAAUGUACCUCAAGGCACGAGUAGAGGCUGGUGGCCUGAAGGAGCUGGAGCUCUCCUGGGGUCUACACCAGAUUGUGAAAGCCCUUAGCUUCCUGGUCAACGACUGCAGCCUCAUCCACAACAAUGUCUGCAUGGCAGCUGUGUUCGUGGACCGUGCUGGCGAGUGGAAGCUUGGGGGCCUGGACUACAUGUACUCGGCUCAGGGCAAUGGUGGGGGACCCCCCCACAAGGGGAUCCCUGAGCUCGAGCAGUAUGACCCCCCAGAGUUGGCUGAUGGCAGUGGCAGAGCAGUCAGAGAGAAGUGGUCAGCUGAUAUGUGGCGCUUGGGCUGCCUCAUUUGGGAAGUCUUCAACGGGCCCCUACCUCGGGCAGCUGCUCUGCGCAACCCUGGAAAGGUCCCCAAAUCGCUGGUGCCCCACUACUGUGAGCUGGUUGGAGCCAACCCCAAGGUGCGCCCCAAUCCAGCCCGUUUCCUGCAGAACUGCCGGGCGCCUGGUGGCUUCAUGAACAACCGCUUUGUGGAGACCAAUCUCUUCCUGGAAGAGAUUCAGAUCAAAGAGCCAGCUGAGAAGCAAAAGUUCUUCCAAGAACUGAGCAAGAGCCUAGACUCAUUCCCUGAAGAUUUCUGCCGGCACAAGGUACUGCCCCAGCUGCUGACUGCCUUCGAGUUCGGCAAUGCGGGGGCUGUUGUCCUCACGCCCCUCUUCAAGGUGGGCAAGUUCCUUUGCGCUGAGGAGUAUCAGCAGAAGAUCAUUCCUGUUGUGGUGAAGAUGUUCUCAUCUACCGACCGGGCCAUGCGCAUCCGCCUCCUGCAGCAGAUGGAGCAGUUCAUCCAAUACCUUGAUGAGCCAACAGUUAACACCCAGAUCUUUCCCCACGUCGUGCAUGGCUUCCUGGACACCAACCCUGCCAUCCGCGAGCAGACCGUCAAGUCCAUGCUGCUCCUAGCCCCGAAGCUGAAUGAGGCCAACCUCAAUGUGGAGCUGAUGAAGCACUUUGCACGGCUGCAGGCCAAGGAUGAACAGGGUCCCAUCCGCUGCAACACUACUGUCUGUCUGGGAAAAAUUGGCUCCUACCUCAGUGCCAGCACCAGACACAGGGUCCUCACUUCCGCCUUCAGCCGGGCCACUAAGGACCCGUUUGCACCAUCUCGGGUAGCGGGUGUCCUGGGCUUCGCUGCCACCCACAACCUCUAUUCAAUGAACGACUGUGCCCACAAGAUCCUGCCUCUGCUCUGCAGCCUCACUGUGGAUCCUGAGAAAUCUGUGCGGGACCAGGCCUUCAAGGCCAUUCGAAGCUUCUUGUCCAAACUGGAAUCUGUAUCAGAGGACCCCACCCAGCUGGCCGAAGUGGAGAAGGAUGUCCACGCAGCCUCCAGCCCUGGAAUGGGGGGAGCCGCAGCUAGCUGGGCAGGCUGGGCCGUGACUGGGGUCUCCUCACUCACCUCUAAACUGAUCCGUGCACACCCCACGGCUGCCCCGGCUGAGACCAACAUGCCCCAGAGACCCACGCCCGAGGGACUGCCUGCCCCAGCCCCUCCCCCUGCCCCUGCUGCAUCCACAACCUCAGGCCACGGGGAGAAACAAGAGGAGGACAAGGACACAGCAGAGGACAGCAUUGCUGCUGACAGAUGGGACGAUGAAGACUGGGGCAGCUUGGAACAGGAAGCAGAGUCUGUGUUGGCGCCACAGGAUGACUGGGGAACUGGGGGCCAGGCCAGCCAUGCUGGACAGGUGAGCCAGACCAACAACCCAAACCACAAAUCCCUGGAGUCAGACUGGAGCAGCUGGGAAGCCGAGGGCUCCUGGGAUCAGGGCUGGCAGGAGCCAAGCCCCCCAGAGCCAGUCCCAGAGGGCACACGGCUAGCCAGCGAAUAUAACUGGGGUGGCCUGGAGCCUAGUGACAAAGGCGACCCCUUUGCUGCCCUGUCAGCGUGUCGGGAGGCUGGUGCACAGCAGAGAUCAGCCUCCUGGGGCGAUGACAACUGGGAGGGCUUGGAGACCGAGAGCCGGCAGGCGAAGGCCGAGCUGGCCCGGAAGAAGCGUGAGGAGCGUCGGCGGGAGAUGGAAGCCAAACGCGCUGAGAAGAAGGUGGCCAGGGGUCCCAUGAAAUUGGGAACCCGGAAGCUGGACUGAACUGCUAGUGUGGGUACUUCCUGCCGGAGAGUGGGCCCCACGGAUGUAUUUAUUGUACAAAUCAUGCGAGCCGGCCGGGCGGCCUGGCACAUCACACGUGUACAUAAUCAGAGCCACAAUAAAUUUUAUUUCACA